AUGUCAGUGAAACAACGAGAGCGCUCUCUCUCUCUCUCUCUCUCUCUCUCUCUCUCUCUCUCUCCUUACUGUCCGAGUCGAGGCCAGAAUGCAGUUAGUUACAGAAUGCAUUUAUCGUUGGAAUUAACAUUUAAGGCGUUCCGUCUGCUGCUACUUAUUUUUUCUCGCAACAUGCAAAUGAUGUUUCCAACGUAUUCUACAUGGAAACAGGAAAAUAUUGCACUAUUCAAUCUGAAUUCAUCUGAAAGUAUUAAUUGUACAGAAUACGAAUUGUAUUACACGGCAUAUUGCAGAAAAUCCUCGACACUCCAACUUAACAUCUCCGAAGUGGAUUGUCCCCAAAAGCACAGCUUUGGAUCGUCACAAAUAAAAAUCACUUUAAAUAAUGAAACAAAUGUAUUGAAUUCAUCUGGAAUACUUUGUGGAAAUUCCUCUUCAUUUGAAAGGAUUCAUAUAUUUGUAUUUCACCAGCUUCAAUUGGAAAAUAAAAUCAUUGUACCUUAUGAACCAGAAUGGAAUCUAAAUGUUAUGUUUUUGAGAGAUACGAAUUAUACAUACGCCAACUGCAGUGAAGGACUCCUUACGGCAUUGUGCAGAACACCUUUAUUUGCUCAGAUCAGAAAAACGAAUUAUUUAAUUGGACUUGGCUUUGUUGUUUUUGCAUUUUUGUGUUUUUUUGUUUGGUAUAUAAUCAAAAUGAAAAAGCGAUGGCAUAGAAAACGUCGAGGCAAUAAUAAUCCAAUUGCAGACGAAGAUUUUUCUUCCACUUCAGUAUUUGUGAAUAAAUCGGAAACGCCAUCUUUUGAACAAUUUUUGCCUGAUGGAGAGGAAACUGUUUUCAUGGAGAAUCAAUUAUACACAAGUUCUGAGAAUCCAGAAGUCAAUGUUAAUUUUCCAUCUCAUCGUCACGUCUCUCUUGAUAACAAUUUAUCUCCACGAAAGGAAAAUACAUGCAAUGAUGACAAAGAGGAAUUUGAUGAUAAUCCUCUAUAUGAUAAUCCAGAAGAGAUUAGAAAUGAAAGUAAUAAAUCUUUCUUAGAUCCGGAAGUCAAUGUUAAUUUUCCAUCUCAUCGUCGCGUCUCUCUUGAUAACAAUUUAUCUCCACGAAAGGAAAAUACAUGCAAUGUUGAUAAAGAGGAAUUUGAAGAUAAUCCUCUAUAUGAUAAUCCAGAAGAGAUUAGAAAUGAAAGUAAUACAUCUUUCUUAGAUCCGGAAGUCAAUGUUAAUUUUCCAUCUCAUCGGUGCGUCUCUCUUGAUAACAAUUUAUCUCCACGAAAGGAAAAUACAUGCGAUGAUGACAAAGAGGAAUUUGAAGAUAAUCCUCUAUAUGAUAAUCCAGAAGAGAUUAGAAAUGAAAGUAAUAAAUCUUUCUUAGAUCCGGAAGUCAAUGUUAAUUUUCCAUCUCAUCGGCACGUCUCUCUUGAUAACAAUUUAUCUCCACGAAAGGAAAAUACAUGCAAUGAUGACAAAGAGGAAUUUGAAGAUAAUCCUCUAUAUGAUAAUCCAGAAGAGAUUAGAAAUGAAAGUAAUAAAUCUUUCUUAGAUCCGGAAGUCAAUGUUAAUUUUCCAUCUCAUCGUCGCGUCUCUCUUGAUAACAAUUUAUCUCCACGAAAGGAAAAUACAUGCAAUGAUGACAAAGAGGAAUUUGAAGAUAAUCCUCUAUAUGAUAAUCCAGAAGAGAUUAGAAAUGAAAGUAAUAAAUCUUUCUUAGAUCCGGAAGUCAAUGUUAAUUUUCCAUCUCAUCGUCGCGUCUCUCUUGAUAACAAUUUAUCUCCACGAAAGGAAAAUACAUGCAAUUAUGACAAAGAGGAAUUUGAUGAUAAUCCUCUAUAUGAUAAUCCAGAAGAGAUUAGAAAUGAAAGUAAUAAAUCUUUCUUAGAUCCGGAAGUCAAUGUUAAUUUUCCAUCUCAUCGUCGCGUCUCUCUUGAUAACAAUUUAUCUCCACGAAAGGAAAAUACAUGCAAUGUUGAUAAAGAAGAAUUUGAAGAUAAUCCUCUAUAUGAUAAUCCAGAAGAGAUUAUAUUUUAA